CACUCUCCACCAAACAACCAUCCAUCCAUAUCUAUCAUCAUCAACAUCAUCCAUCAUCAUUAUUCAUCCAAAGUACUGUGUACCAACUAGUAUCCCAUCAACUACACUACAACCUCAGCACUCAUCAUCAAAUAACCACCCACCCACCUCCCCAGCUCCCACUAAAACCCUCUACUGCAGAAAACAUGGUCUGCGCCAAAUGCCAAAAAAAGCUCAAACAAACCGAACUAGCCACACCAGGCGUCAAACGCAAAAGCGAGAUGUACUAUGGGUCACCCUCGACCUCCCUCGGCGGUGGCGGCAGCAGCAGCAGCAGUAACGACAAAUCUAAAGCUACGCUUGGGAAUACAGGGGUUGGGAAGAGCAAACUCCUCACUUCCAAAGCCAAGAAUCCCUACGCGGCGUACUCGUCCUCGUGCGAGGUGUGCAAGACCAAGACGGAGCAGGGGCGGAAGUAUUGUCAGCGGUGCGCUUAUCAGAAGAAUUCGUGCCCAAUGUGUGGCAAGAGUUUGGCCAAGGGGGUGGCUAAGGGGCAACCGGUUGUGCAGGGGCAGAAGUUCAAUUUGAAGUAGUUAACUUCAUUGGGACUCAAUUUAUGGUCGGUUCUGUUUCGGUUGGGAGGAGGGCAGUUCUGUUUGCUAUGGAGUUUUUUUUUUCGAUUUAGGCCCGGCACAUAUGGGCGAAUCAUUCACUGGCGUGGCGUUGGGGCGUACCAAUCAAGGAAGGAGACAAGAUACAACCGUUCUUGCACACACAUGUAGUCAAACAAGAGUACAGAAUAGAAGCAGAAAUUCGAGCAA